AUGGCGUGCCGUACAUCACCCCCAACAAAGGAGUCUGCAGGAGCAGGAGCAAUUGGAGCGGCCGAUCCCAACGGCAUCACCGUAAACGCCAACGCCAACGACACAGGACAGAAGUGCGGCAACACUCCGAUUCCCCAGCAGCAUGCCAUCCAGGGGUUCAUUAUGCAGAACCAACAGCAGCGUCUCCAUAAAUUCGACCGGAUCAUCCAGCGCUCUGGCAAGGGAAUCAACGUGAACGGUAUUCAUGAGGGGCGCAAGGAAGUUGACAACGAGUUCUGCCAGGAGUCGAAAGUCGAAGCGUACCAACAAUUCGGACAACAGCAGGCAGGGAUGCAUAUCGUCAACAACUCCAACGCAGCCGCUAGAAGCAUUGGAGUGACGGGCACCAUCGUCUUGGCUCAUCAGGAAGACCGAUCUCAACAGCAGCAGUACCAACAGGAGCAGGACACGAUGCAGACGCAGAAUCUUGCGCUCCAGAAACCUUCACAGCAGCAACAGCAUCAGCACCAGCAUCAACACCAGCGGUUCCCAAUGGAGCAAAUCAAGGAUGCGUUCCAUCAGCCCUUGGCCCUCGUGCAUUUGAAGACUCAAGAUUGGAGCCAGGACCCAGCCUCGCCUACAGCACCUCCCGUCUUGCCCGACCUGACCCUUGGCGCCAGCUCGCCCUCCAGCCGUUGA